CCAAGAGUUCUUCCCGCGGGAGUACGCUGCAAGGGCUGAGGCUGUUGGACUAAGUUUUGAGCCUUUAUCAUCGGGUAGUUCGCUCAACAAUGAUAGCAGAAGCAUGCCUCACAGGGUUGGCAAUGUGCACCUUGGUGUUGGAUGUGACAAUUGUGGAGCAGAACCGAUUCGAGGUAACAGGUAUAGCUGCAUGGACUGUGCGGUGGGUUACGAUCUUUGUGAAGACUGCCAUUCAAAGGGGUCAACAUGCGGGGGGCGAUUUAACCAGCAACACCUGCCUGGCCAUAGAAUGGAAGCUAACAAUACACUGCUCCUGAAAAAUGUUAUGGACUACAACAGUAUCACAGAUAAUGAGCUAUGGAACGACAAUGAGCAGCCUCAGCCAGGGGGUGAGGAGCAUGAUGAGGAUAAUGGGGUGGAGGAAUAUGCGGAAGAUGAGGAAUAUGAGGAAGAUGAGGAGGAUGUUGAGGAUGUCGAUGAGGAACGUACAACCUGCAGAAUUGUGUAACUGCGGCUCAUGUUGAAUCGUGAUGCCAUAUACUCAUGUUGAAUUCUUAAGUGAUUAUCGCUUCACUAAGAGUUGCUUUGUAACCAAACAAUUAGGGAUUUUAGUCUGAUUAAUGGAUACAACAUAAUCUGGUAACUAAA